CAUACGAUGGCAGCACCUGUCUGAGUAAUGGCGUUGGGGCAUGAGCCACUGAUACGCCUCUAGCCAAAUAUUGAAGGAAGAAAGGAAGGAAUUGGAACGAUAUUUUCAGUGCUGUCGGUGAAAGUUAACCUAUCCUAUGAUUCUUAUGAAUAUGGAGAGAAACAUACAAAAAAUUGUGUUAUUUGAAACAAUGUUAAAAGUGACACUUGAGUCUAGUGAUUCAGAUUUGGAUUUAGCAGAAAUAAUAUAUAAUUAUUACGAGCGAAAACCGAAAAUACCAAAAAUAUGUUGUAAAAAUUAUAUCGAAGAUGUUGUUUGGCAAUAUACCGAUGUUGAUUUUAAAAGUCAUUUUCGUCUUAAUCGAUCAACAAUUCGGAUUUUAUUGGAAUUAUUAAGUGAACAAUUAUCAAACAAAUUUGAAGGAUGUGGCAGACAUACCAUAUCACCAGAAGACUUUGUUAUUAGCGAUAUGGAUGAUGGAAACUCCUAAUUCUUAUAGAUGUGUUGCUGAUCGAUUUGAUGUUGGCAAAGGAACUGCUUGGAGAUGUGUUGUAAAAGUUGUAAAUGCUUUGUAUUUACAUCUUGACAGAUUUAUUACAUGGCCAAAUAGAGAAAGAGCUGAAAAAAUUUGGACAUGCAUUAAAAACAGAUACAAAUUUCCAAAAGUAAUAGGAGCAAUAGAUGGUACUCAUAUAAAAAUUGCUGCACCAAAACUGCAUCCAGAAGUUUACAUAAAUAGAAAGGGCUACCACUCCAUACAAUUACAGGUAAUAUGUGAUCAUGAAUUAAAAUUUACUCAUGUUUAUGCAGGACAAGCAGGGUCAGUGCAUGACAUGAGAGUUUUUUGAUUAUCAGGAUUUGAACACUUAUGUACUCCUUAUAGAAGUAUCAUACUAAGAAUCAUUGAUUAAUUACUUAUUUUCAGUAUUAAAAGUACAGUAUUUAGUAA